GCAAUUUGGGAAAUACAUCCGAAACAACGUCAGACCGCAAGAAACCGAAAACAUUUCAUCCUGCUCUGAUUUAUUCACAAAUCACACCCUUCUCGCUUUUCUUCUUCCUCUUCUCACUCAACCUUCUACUUCGCCUAAAUAUUUUCAGAGUUGGAAACCGAUCUCUCUAUUGAUUGCAGGCAUGGAGCUGAAUGCUAUACAAGAUAAAUUCGAGAGGGUUGCAAAGAAGCAAAAGGUGUCUUCAUCAAAAUCCCACGAAUGGAUGGAACAAGUUGGACGUGAAAUCGAACAGGCAUUGGCAAGUAUAAUACAGUGGGACGACAACGAUUCCUCAAUUUCCAUUGACCAGAAAAUAACCGAGCUCAAAGCCAAGCUCCAGACUAUCGACUCACAGAGUAAUUUAGACAGGCCCCAACGAGAGCUGAACAUAGAUUUCGCAAAGUACCAAAAGCUCCUCGAGAAAAUCCUACAUCCCGACUUAUCAAAGACGUACAGAAAUGCCGAUUUCGACCCCCACAUUAUAAAUCAAAUUAUAACCCAACAUUUUUACCGCGAGGGCUUAUUCGACGUAGCAGACUGCUUAGUUAAAGAAGCUACAGAAACCGAAGCGAUUUCUCUGAGGGUUCAAUUUCAAGAAAUCCAUCAAAUAAUCGACGCUCUGAAGUCUAAAAGAAAUCUCGGACCUGCUCUGGAUUGGGCCUCUGCAAAUCGAGAAAAACUGAAAGACUCUGGUUCAGAUAUCGAGCUGAAACUUCACAAGCUCCAGUUUGUCGAUAUUCUUCAGAAUCGAAACAGAGCAGAAGCACUUAAAUACAUCAAAACUCACCUCGCUCCAUUCGCUUCUUCUCAUAUGAAAGAGAUACAGAAACUCAUGGGAAGCUUACUAUGGUUUGGAAAGCUCGAUAAAUCACCCUAUGCUGAUAUGGCCGAUCCAAUACACUGGGAAAAUUUAUCCGAAGAACUCAUGAAAACGUACUGUAAUUUAUCAGGACAGCCUUUUACCGACCCUCUGAGCGUCACUGUAGCUGCCGGUGUUGAAGGACUGCCCACCCUGUUGAAAUUGGCUAGCGUUAUGACAGGGAAAAAACAGGAUUUUCAGGCGAUGAAACAGUUGCCUGUGCCCAUCGAGCUUGGUAAGAGUUUUCAGUUUCAUUCGGUAUUUGUCUGUCCGGUUAGUAGGGAUCAAUCGAGUGAGGAGAAUCCGCCUAUGCUGUUGCCUUGUGGGCAUGUUCUUUGCAAGCAGUCGAUUAAUAAGCUGUCGAAGUGCAACACUCGUAACUUCAAAUGCCCGUAUUGCCCUCUCGAUGCUUCGGUUGCACAGUGUAAGCAGCUACACUUCUGAUUGUUUCGGUGAUGUAUAGCUAAGCUAUCUUUCGUCUAAGAAUUGGUUUUUGGUAGGUUACGUAUUUAUUUCACUUUUUUUUUUCUUUUCUGUAAAUUCGCAGCUUUUGUGAUAAGUAGUUUGUUUGUUUGGUUUGUUUACUUCAAUAAUAGAAUAAUAGAAUGGUCGUUGAAUUUCAGUAUCAAACCUUUUAUCAAAUUAAGCUUUCAAAUCCAUUAAUUCUUUUUCUA